AUGGACAAGAACGCUGAUAACAUUCAAGUUAUGGUUCGUGUACGUCCCCUUAAUGAUAGGGAAAAGCGUGAAGGUGCUAAAUCCUGCAUUAUUUUGGAUGAUGAAAACCCGAACAACAUCAUAAUAGACGCUAAGCCAGAACCCAAAUAAUUUAAGUUUGAUUUUGUAGGAGGCGAAAAAACAUCAUAAGAAGAUAUUUUCUAAAUUGCAGCUAAGCCACUUAUGAUGGCUGCUUUAGAAGGUUAUAAUGCUUGUAUUUUUGCUUAUGGUUAAACAGGAGCUGGUAAGACAUUUACCAUGCAAGGUAGAGGACUCGAAGAAGAUAGAGACUCAAAAGAAAGAGGUGUUUAACCAAGAGUAUUUGAUCACCUUUUUGCCUUAACAAAUUAGUAAAAAAAGGAAGGAAAUGUUGAGUAUUUAGUAAAAUGCAGUUAUUUAGAAAUUUACAAUGAACAAAUCAUGGAUUUGCUAUCAAAUACUUAGAGCAAUUUAAUGGUUCGUGAAGAUCUUAAGAAAGGUGUUUAUAUAGAAGGUUUAACUGAAGAAAUAGCUAAAAAUUCUGAUGAAACUAUCUAACUUUUAUUGAGAGGUAUGAGAAAUAGACAUGUUGGAGCUACUAAUAUGAACUUUGAGUCUUCUCGUUCCCAUUCUGUUUUUUCAAUGACUAUUGAAUCAAAAAAGACAACUGAUGGCAUGAUCAAUGUCAAGGUUUCAAAGCUUCAUUUUGUCGAUUUAGCUGGUUCUGAAAGAUAAAAGCAAACUGCAGCUGCUGGAGAGAGAUUAAAAGAAGCUUCAAAUAUUAAUAAAUCAUUAACAACACUUGGUUUAGUUAUUAAUUCACUUGUCGAAUAGGCUUAAGGUAAAAGCAGACAUAUUCCAUAUAGAGACUCUAAAUUGACUUUCCUUUUGAAGGACUCUUUGGGUGGUAAUAGUAGGACUUAUAUGAUUGCAGCAGUAAGUGCAGCAUCCACAAGUUUUUAGGAAACACUUUCAACUCUUUAAUUCGCCUAAAGAGCAAAAUAGAUUAAAAAUAAAGCUUCGAUUAAUGAAGAAGCUUAAGGAAAUGUAGAAAGUUUAAAGAAAGAAAUCAAACGUUUAAAAGAAGAUCUUGCUUAAUCAAAAAAUAUCAUAGUUAAUUUAGAAGAAUAGUUAAAGAAUGGAACAUUCUAACCAAACCAAAUGGAAAUAGAAGAAGAAGGAGAAGAAGAUUUAGUUGGUUCAAUUAGCAAAUCUAAAAGUAAACAAGCUGCUACUUAACUUUUCUCUGAACUUGAAGCUAAAGAAAUUAUAUCUAUUAACAAUCGCUGCCUUGAGGUAGAGGAAGAUUUUAAGAAGCAAUUGGUUUAAAUUUAAACAGUUAUUGAUGAGCAAAUUUCUCCAGAAAUCAACAAAAAAGACAAAUACCUAUAAGCUUAUCAGACUGGAGUCGAAUUUUAAGAUUCCAGUGAAUCUCAUUAUAAGGCAAUCCUCUAACUCUUUUAGGUUAGAGUAGCACGUUUAUAAAAUCUUUUAACUUAAAAAUACGAUGAAAACUUAUACAAAUAAACAAUCUCAGAAAACCAAAUAUUAAUUAAUGAGUAAUAUGAAGAGCUUUUAAAAUUAAUGGCUGAGACUCCUAAUAUUAUGAGCGUCUAUGAUGAGAAUGUGAAUUUAAAAUAGAAGUUAGAGUAGAUUGAAUAAACACAUGACCCCUCAUUCUUGAUGAAUGUCUAAUGGUUUGUUGAAAAUAUAAAACAAAUCUAAGAAAUUGGAAGCAAGAUAGAUAAUAGUCUUGAAGAAAGAAGAUUUGUAAAAGAGAGACUCGAAAAGUUUAACAUGAUCAAAAUGCCCACUCCUGAAAAGAUUAAGGUUAUUGAAGAUUAGAUGCAUAAUCAAAAAAUUGAGCAUAAUGAAUAAAUUUAAAAACUAAAUUAUGAUUUAGCAAAUUUAAAAUAAAAAGAGCAUGCACAAGAAAGAGCUUUAGAUUAAGAGAAAAAUAAAGUCCAACAAUUAAAAUAAGAAAUUAUUAAAAUAAAAGAACAAAGAGCUAAGGAUUUAGAAAAUCACUAACAAGAAAUUGAAGAAUUACUUAAUUAAUUCAAUCAAAUAGAUAAUUAAAAGACUUAAGCUUCAGAUGAAUAUUAAUAGAAUAUUGGAUAGUUGAAUCGUAAAAUUAUUGAAUUAGAAACAAAGUAUUCUAAUUAGAAGCAAUAAUUGAUUGAGGCUCAAUCUGAGUUAUAGUCUAAGGAAAAUUUGCUCACUUAAGAGUAAAAAAUAAAAGAAUAAAUCCAAAAGGAGCUUAAUGAUAAAAUCGAUUCAUUUUCCAUUGAAAAAUGUGAAAUGGAAAACAAGAUAAGUGCUCUUAAAAAUAAGCUUUAACUUGUCACUGAAGAACUUACCUAAUCAAUCGAAGUAAGCUAAGGCUAUUAACAAAGAAUUAGUUAAUUAGAAACUUAGGAAGAGUCUCACAAGUUAUAAUACGAACAAAUGCUCAAAGAAAAAGCAGAAGAAAUCAAAAAACUAGAACACUAGUUUAAUGAAAAAUAAGAUGAAUUAAUUCACAUUCAAUAGUAAAUGGAAUAAGAAGAUGAUAAAAUUGCUAAUUUUGAAGCUGAAAAAAAUAAAAUAUAAGAAGAAUAUGGUAUCUUAAAUGAUACUUACAAUUAUUAAUAACAAUUAUUAGAGGAAAAGAAUUCUUAAAUUGCAUAAAUGGAAGAAGAUAUUAAAAAUAAAGAAAAAGAAAUUGGUUAUCUUAAGAAUAAGCUUGAAAACUUUAGUCAAGAAGAAACAGAGCUUUUUGGAUCUUCUUCUUAGACACAAACACAAGGCAAAAAAGAAAUAAAUGAAAGUCUUUUGCUAAAAUAAAACAAAGAAUUGCAAGAAUAAAAUCACCAACUCAGAGUGUAAGUUGAAUUUGAAGCUAAUUCAAAUAUAAGCUAAAGAUCUCAAAUGAAUACUCUCUCAAACAGAGUAAACGAACUUACAAAUUCUGAAAAGCACUUCAGAACUGCAUAUUUGGAAGUCAGAAACUAAUUACAAAAUCUUUCUUAGAGAAACAAAGAUCUUCAAAACGCUCUUACAUCUAAAGAAAUGGAACACUUUGAAUUACAAAGAGAUAUGAAAUCAGCCAACGAGAAUGUUUAAUUCUUGUAGGAAAGAAUCGUAAGUGUCAAGAAUGAAAUGAAGGUCAAAGAGAGAGAAGCUCUAGAAGCUGAUAAUAGGCUCAAAAAAUGUAAAGAAAGUGUCAUCAAGCUGUAGGAAAAUCUUAGACAAAAAAUGGAUAACCUUCAAUAGGCUCUUAUGAAGAACGGUGAACUUGAAACAAAGAUGGCUGUUCUUCAGAGAGAAGCAGCUUAAUUGAAGAAUGAAAUUAAGAGUAAAUCUUCUCUUUCAGAAAAGAGAGUUUAAGAAUUAUUGUAGUCAUUUGCUUAACAAAGAACAGAAAUGAGCCAAAUGCAAAAAAUAAUUAACUCUAAAAUUGAAGAAAAUAUCAGUUUAACUGCAAAUAAUAGAUUACUUUAAAAUUUGGUUGAAAAAUAUACAACUAACGAAUGGGAAUUAAAGUAGUAAUACAAGACUAUGCAAGAAAAGUUUGCUAAGGAUGAAAUCAAUUAUAAAAAAAGAAUAGACCACUUGAUUUAAGAAUAUGGAAAGUUAGAAUAAGAAACAGUCUGUAAUCAAGAGCUUGAAUAGCUUUAAGAUAUGAAGAACCUUCUUGAAAGUAAAUCAAAGGAAUAAGAACAGACAAUCAAAAAUAAAGAUUGCUAAAUUAAGAGUUUGUAGAAAGAAAAAGAUAUCCUUCAAAAAGAAAAUGAAAAGCUCGAUAAAUAAAUAUAUGACUUUAAAUAAUAGCAAUAAUACAUCUUAAAAGAAAAAGAUUCUAUCAUUGGUUAACUUUAAACUACUGUUAUGGAAAAAGAAAAGGAAUUAAAGGAUGUUAACUCUAAAAUUGCUUCAAUUUAAUAAGGAAUUUAGCAAGCUCAACAAUACUAUCAUAAAUAUUAACAGUCUUCAGAAGAAAAUAAAAAGUUGAAAGUUGAUAUUGAGUUAAAAGACUAAACUAUAAAGUAAUUAGAAAAUUAAUUAGGUAACUUCUCUAUUAAUCCCGGUAAGUAGAGUCAAAGACCUGAAGAUCCUAAUAAAUAUAAAGAGAAAUUUAUUGCCUUAGAUGAAAAAUACCAAGGCUUAAAAAAGAAAUAUUUAACUUUGCAAUAGUAAUACUAAUAAUUAUAGCAAUCGUUUGGUGAAUUGCAAACUAACUUGUAAAACUUAUAAAAUGUUAAUGGCCCUAAAAAUGAAAACUAAAGUGGUGAAAUUAAGAUUCUUUAGCAACAAGUUGAAAGAUACAAAUUAGAGUGCUAAUAAUACUUGAAGUAAAUAGCUAGCUUGACAAGCUAAGGGGAUAAUGAUAUUCCAUAAUUUUUAUCAUCCUAAGUAAAUCAACUAUGCGAAUUUGUUUUGAGUGAACUUGAAUGCAGAGGAAAAGAUCUCAUCUUAAAUAUUCCAAAAUUAAAUGGAACUAUUGAGCAAAAUUUAAUGUUUAUGGUUCAUGCAUUCAAUAAUUUAUUCACAGAUAUAAAGAACAAAGAAUAACAAAUUCAAUAAAUGCUUUAAAAUGAAAUUAAAUCAAAUAAGAAAUUUUCAAGCUUAGAGAAAGAAGUUCUCAUUCUCAAAAAGAAAAUGAGUAAUAUGUAACCAAGUACUGCCUCAAGCUCUGCCAUACCUACUCCCAAAGCUUCUGUCACUAAUUCAGUAUAUAAAAUGCCCAAUCACUCUAGUAUGAAUCCUAUGAAUAACAUGAGUAUUAUAAAUAAUAACUUUAACCACAGUAUUAUGUCCAGUUCAAACAACUCACUUAACAACUCCUUUUCAUAUAAAAACAGCAUAAAUAGCAAGAAUCAAUUUGGAGGUAAAGAUUUUUUCAAUCAAAUCUAUUUAAAAUAUUUUUAAUUUCUUUAAUUAAUUAAUUAAAUAACUAAAAUUAUCUAAAAAGAAAUAGGUAAUAAUGAACCUUUGCCUGGUGAAUCCAUUAUGAAGAAAGUUAAAUAUUGA